AUGUCUCAAUAUGAUGAGGACAUCUAUGAUGUGCAACUCACUAUCCCAAAUUUUGGGCGGUCUCCUGAUGGACACCUGAUGCCACCUAGACUCAUAGAUACAACAACAUUGCAGAGUCAGUCAUCCUCCCUGUCACCUUCAAGCAGUGUGGGUGUAGAUCCGCUUCAAGAGAACCCUCCCCCCCAAGGCAUACCGCCGAUUGACCAGGAAGGUACUCUGAUGGGAAUCUCAUCCCAAUUGCCGAGCAUUAGCACCCAUGGGUCCGAUUUUUCAUUCGACGAGGUGAUGGGAACCAGCCCUCAGAUCGGACUACUUUCCUGCCCCCUAUAUCCAAACCCUUCAUUUGAUCAAUUAGAAAGACUGAAAAAUGAGCUGGAGCAAGUUGGAACAACAGUCCAGGAGAAUGUCUCUCAACUUAGCCUACACCAGCUGUAUGAGAGGCUAGGAAGGGAUGAAAUCAAUCACCUUGAGAGGCGAGUGGAACCACCAAACAGCUGUGAGCUUUGUAUGAAUUUGGUUGGCAACUGGGAUGAAUAUUUCAAUUGUAUCUCCAAUCACUGCCGUAUUCAUGAAGAUGAUUCUGGUGAAACUAGCGCAAGUCAGAGCAGAAGAAGCAGCCGUGACAGUGGCAAUGGUGGAAACGGCAACGGUGGGAACUUCACGGGGGGAGGAGGUAUUCCUGGAACAGGAUUCCAAAAUCUUUUCCCAUAUGGAGAUGGGGGCAACCAGAUGAAUGGUAACUCUUUCUACUCGAAUACUGGGCAGCAAUAUUACUCCCAUGGAAGCAGUUUUUCCAAUGAUGUGGGCCUUGCGUCUCUUGCAGAGAACUACUCGCCAGACGCUUCGAACUCAAGCUUCGAGCAAGCGGUGCCUUUAGAGGAACAAGUGCCUUAUUCCCAAGCCCCGGGGCAACCAACCAACCGAGAACAGCUCCGUCGAGAAACACAAGCACUCUCGGGUUGCCAACAUUUGCCUCAGGGUAAAAUAACAACAGACCUUGUGGACUCAGAUGAUGAUGACUAUAGUAGCUUACAAUCGACAUUUUCAGAAACACCGUUACGUCCUAGGCAUCGGAGUGACAGUACUAUUUUUGAAACAAAGCGUUUUGAGAGGAUGCCUACUAAAGAUCGGCAGAAGCCUCUCGAUCCUCAUCUCGAUGGUGCCUCUAACCGACAAUGCAAGAAUUGUCAUCAUAUUCUGAAUGACUGCGCACUUUGUCGAUUACAGAAACCAGAAGCUGACAGAUGCCAUGUUUGCUUUGACAGAUUGGGUCAACAGCAAGAGCGCCUAGGGGUGCCUACCCCGCAGAAUCACAUUUAUUUACAUGAUGUUGCCUCCAGCAGGAAACUGGACUGCCGCAUUGAUCCCACUGAACGCGAUAAGGAGCCAAUCAAUCUAACACAAGAAGGUCAACCAAAGAGUUGCCCUUAUCCUAUAUCAGAAGAGUCCGAGCAAUUGAAUGCAGAUUUUGAUAAUGCAUUGACUAUAAAUCAACCGCAAGCAGGGUCUCGAGCAGGAGCAAAGGAAAAGGCCCUCGAUGUUUUGCCUCCGAUUUUAGUCGAUCUAAGUCAACAGACGAAGCUUCUCCAGGAUUUGCAUCGGCCUAAACCUUUGGUCUCUCGUAGAAGAUACAAUGCAUUGCGAGCAAAGCUUCACGUCAUUGUAGAGAUCCUGGCACUCAGAGAAUCUGUCAAAUCAUCUGUUCCACAGCCUAAUAAGCGUGAUACUACUUCAUGUUCGAAUUCUAUCAUAUCGGAACAGAGUCUCUUGAUACUCCCUAGGCUUGACCUUGACCUGGGAUUACAGGAGAUUCAUUCCUCGAUUUACAUCGUUCUCGAAACACUCAAUAUGUUGAAACAACUAACAAAAGAAAAUGCGUCAACGACACUCUCUAAACACCUAUACGACGCUGAUGAUGAAAUGGCCCUCAUGAUUAUUUUGAUACCCGUGUUAGCGACAUUGCUGAGGACGCCAACUCUGCAGAUGAGUUCGGCGGCAUUUGCAUAUUGA